GACCUACAGCCGAGGUCAGCAGAGGUCAGCGCCAUGGUGACGUUUGCUGAGACGACGCAGGUCUCUCCGAUGGGGCUGCGUGAGCCCCCAUGCCUGACCGCCACCCUGUCCCCGGGGCUCCGGCGCAAAAAGAUGCUGUGGCAGAACGCAGUCAAACACAUCAUUAUCCAGCAGGAGCUCAGCGCCCAGGUUGGUGUGGAACCGGCACGCAAAAUCUUCGUGACAGAUGCUUACAUAGAGGAGAUCAACAGUCAGAUCCGGACCAAGGCCUCUCGCGGGGUCACCAAGCGCCGGUCCUCCACGUUCCGAGUCCAACCCACCACGUCCCGUGGUUCCACCAGCACCAACAACAGUGUCGCCGGCCACUGCGCCGACUACUCCAGCGACGCCGACUUCUUCGUGCAGUGGGGCCACACCGUCCGUGGCGUCUACAUCCCGAUGCUGAGGCACACGUUCAAGUCCCGCGACCUGGAGAAGCUGUACCAGCAGCACUCUUCCCACCAGAGACGCAACUCGCUCGCCAUCACCAACGUCAUCGAUGCCAUCGCCAAGCUGCACGUGCUGGUUCUCUACCUCGCUCUGGCCCCGGACACCGACGCGGACACCCUCCGAGGCUGCUUCACAGGGAUCUUCAUGCUGUUCGCUGUAGUGCUCUGCAUCUUAGUGUUAACCUGCAAGGAGUCCAUGUCCCCUCAGUGGCUUCACUAUGCCGGCCUGGCGAGCUGGCUUUCACAGACCACGCAGGUGCUUGGGGGUCUGGCGUACGGACUGGAGAAAGACCCUUCAUGGUAUGUUUUAUUCACGUUAUUUGCAACGUACACACUGCUGCCAUUACCGCUGCUGUGGGCCAUGUGCGCGGGCUCCCUCACCUCAAUACUGCACCUUCUGGUGGAGACAGGACACAACUUCAAUGACCCUGUGCUUUUGAAAAAGGUGUUUGCCAAAGCCCUCCUGUACCUGGGCAUGAACACAGCUGGACUGUUCAUCCACUACCUGACAGACCACGCUCAGCGGCAGGUCUUCCUGGAGACCCGGCGCUGCAUCGAGGGUCGCCUCAAACUCGAGCAAGAAAACCAGAGACAGGAGCGCCUGGUGCUGUCCAUCCUUCCUCGCUUUGUUGCCUUGGAGAUGAUUGCUGACAUGAGCUCUUUGGAAAAUGAACUAAACCCCCAGGAAUUUCACAAGAUCUAUAUUCACCAGUACAGAGAUGUCAGCAUCCUGUUCGCAGACAUCAAGGGAUUCACUCAGCUGUCUAUGAACCUGUCAGCUCAGGAUCUGGUUCAAACUCUCAAUGAGCUCUUUGGACGCUUCGACCGACUUGCAGAUGAGCACCACUGCUUACGGAUAAAGAUACUUGGAGAUUGCUACUAUUGUGUGUCGGGGGUCCCUGAGCCACAGCGUGCCCAUGCCCGGUGUUGUGUUGAGAUGGGUCUGGCUAUGAUCAACACCAUACGGUGUGUCCGGAAGCAGCUGAACUUUAACAUGGACAUGAGGAUCGGGAUCCACUCCGGCUCCGUCCUGUGCGGGGUGCUGGGUCUCCAGAAGUGGCAGUUUGACGUCUGGUCAUGGGAUGUGGGCAUCGCCAACAUGCUGGAGGCCGGGGGAAUCCCGGGUGAACGCAUUCACAUCUCCAGGGCGACCCUGGACUGUUUGGAAGGGACUUAUAAGACAGAAGAAGGCCAUGGACGUGACAGAAACGAGUUCCUGCGAAAGCACAACAUCGACACCUUCCUCAUCAUCUCCGAGGAGGAGAAGAGCAAAGCCAACCUAGCCGAGCCCCCCAAAGUCCAGAAAACAAGUCAGACCUGGGUCCCACAGAUGACGUUCAGGAAUGGCAUUGACAUGAACAGUAUCCUGGCUUCCUUUACCAACGGCUCCAUGCCCAACAUAUGGAACUCCACCUCUAAGGAGAUUAACAAACGCAUCAAACAUGCGAUUGAAGUGCGCAGCAGCGAGCUAAUGCACAUGGAGCACAUCAAUCCACUGACCCUGGUGUUCAAAGACACACACAUCGAGGACAAGUUUUCCCAGUUGCGAGAUGAAAUGUUCAACUCCAACCUGGUCUGCUCCUUCAUCAUGCUUCUGUUUGUCAUGGCUGCUCAAGCUCUCAUCCCGGCCCCCAGGCUCCUCCCAGUCGUCCUCCAGUUCUCAGUCUUCCUGGUGGCCUACAUGGUUCUCCUGCUUUUCGCUCUGGCCGAAGAGUUUAAGUGGUGUCCUGCAAACCUGCAGCAGUUCUGCUGCUGGAUCCACGAGAACAACAGCGCCCGAAACCUCCUCACGCUCACAGCUAUUCUCAUCAACUUUGGCUUGGCCUCCACCAACAUGGUGUGGUGUGUUCUCACGAGCGCAGAAGAGCCUGACAUGAUGGACAAAACCAGCUCUCAUCCACUGACUGUCUGCACGUACCCAGAGAUCUUCGUGCUCAGCGGUGUGAUCGCCAUGGUGACCUGUGCCGUGUUCCUGCGUCUGAACUCUCUGCUGAAGCUGGCGGCGCUGCUGCUGGCCGCCGCCGUGUACUCCUACCUCAUCCAUCUGGCCUUCCUCACGCUCCUCCGCCACGAUGUGCUGCACAGGUCUCACUAUAUCAGAAGAAAAGGGAUUUCAAUCAUCCUCAUGGCCAUGUUCAUUGUUGCGGUCUUCUACAACGGACGGCAGUGGGAGGCCACCGCCAGGCUGGACUUCCUGUGGCGCCUGCAGGCCCAGCGGGAGGUGGAGGACAUGAGGGAGCUGAGGGAACACAACGAGUGUCUGCUGAACAACAUCCUGCCCAUGCACGUCGCACGGCACUUCCUGGACAGGAGCAAGAACGACGAGGAGGUCUACUCCCAGUCCUACGACGACGUGGGUGUUAUGUUUGCCUCCAUCGCCGGGUUCAACGAGUACUUUGAGCAGAAGGAGAUCAAGCAUGAAGGAGUGGACUGUCUCCGACUUCUGAACGAGAUCAUCGCGGGCUUUGACGAGCUGUUGGAGGAGUCGUAUUUCCACUAUGUGGAGAAAAUCAAGACGAUUGGGAGCUGCUACAUGGCGGCUUCAGGUUUAGCCCCGGACAAACAGGUGUCGAUGGAUGAGUGGAACCACCUCAGCGAGCUGGUUCUGUUCGCGCUGGCAAUGCAGGAGACGCUGAAAGAGAUUAACAGGAACACUGCCAAAAACUUUGAGCUGCGUGUGGGUAUUGCUCAUGGGCCCGUGGUCGCAGGAGUGAUCGGCACCACCAAGCCGCAGUACGACAUCUGGGGGUCAACGGUGAACCUGGCCAGCCGCAUGGACAGCACGGGCGUCAGCGGGCGCAUCCAGGUGCCCGAGGCCACCCGCAGAAUCCUGACGGAGUGGGGCUUCGUCCUGGAGCUGCGCGGAGAAAUAUUCGUCAAAGGGGUGAGCGAGCGUCAGGGGAAAGUCCGGACCUACUUCAUCAGCACCAUGCGCAGCAAGAGGGCCAACGGAGGCACCGACGGCCGCCUCGGGGUGCGCUCGGGCCGCAUGACGCUGGCGGGAGUGGUGUUCGGCCUCGUCCAGGCCCGACACAAGGAGAAGCUGAGAGAGCUGAACGGAGGCUACAGCCUGGCUCCCUGUAAGCUGCAGUGCUGA